AUGUGGCUGAUGUGUGGUGGGUGGCGGCAGGUUCCAAUGACGGCGUGUCCGCUGCUGGCGUGCGGCGCGGAGCAGCACUGCGGCGUGUUCUGGCAGCUGCUGGCCGCCGCGCCCGCGCAGCGUCUGCGCGCUCGACAUAUCUUAGCGGCUGGUGGCAGGUAUGACGAGGCGGUGGAGGCGUUGGGCGAGGGCGCGCGCUUGGCGGGACGUGGUGCAUGGCGCGGCGCUGCAGUAGGCUUCUCGCUGUCACUGCAGCGCGCCGCCACGCUGCUGCACGCGACCACGCAACACACACACGCACAGUGGUCUAGUGCCGAACUGCCCGUGCUGGUGUCAGUGGGUGGGAGCGGGGGAGAGGGGGGCGCGGAGCUGGCUCGCGAAGUAUGGGCACGCGGGCUGCGCUGCGAGCUGUGGCCGGAGGAGGGGCAGUGGGAGGAGCAGGGAGAGGCGCAGGGGGAGGCAGAGGAGGCGGUGCGUGACAUCUUCCCCGCCGGCAUGCUUUUGCGCCAGCUAGCAGACUCCGUGCGACUCGACAUCUGGGAGGGCAGCAAGUCGCGCGAACUGGUGCUGGCUCCGGCGGACGCACUGGAGGCGCUUCGACAGCGCCUGCGCCCCGCGCCUGAUGCGAACCGCAGCAGCAGUUGGAGCGAGAGCGAGAAGCCCGGCGCGCUCAGCGUGCUGGUGUCCUUCGUGACCGGCGAGGAGAAGCUCACCAAGAACCAGAGGAGACAAAUUGAGAAUCAGGCGAGUGCGAUGGUGGCAUCGCGCGUAUCGUGGGCUGCGGGCGCUCGGCGCGCCUGCGUGUUGGCGCUGGCGGCUGACGCGCCGCGCCUGGCCGCGCUUGCCGCGCGCCUGCCCGCCGCCCCGCGCGCGCCGCUGCCCCCCGUGCCCCACCCGCCGCCCGAGCUGUUUGCGAAGCGCACGGAGAUAUGGGAGGAGGCGCACGCGGAGCUGGCGCGGCUGCUGCGGGGGGGCGGGGAGCCGCCGCUGCUGGCGCUCUACUCCAUCCCCGACAACACGUGCCGCCUGCUGCUGUGA